UUCUUUCAUUACGUCAUUUGUUUAGGUGACCCUAGGGAACGUACAGUAUCCUAUUUUAUACAAAAGAAUACAGGUUAAUAACCUGCCCAAGGUCACACGGGUAGUCAGGAUCCUGGUAGGGAUGGAAGAAAAAAACCAAAAAAUCCAGAUCUUGUUAACUCUAAAACCCAAGGUACUGUACUUACUUUCUAAGGAACAACUUCACAAAAUAUAUUCUCCCAAGUGUCAGGUAGGAGAUUUGGGGUAAAAAAUCAUUUUAAAAUAAAACCAUUUAUAUAACAUGUCAUUUUUUUUAAGGGUAGUAUUUAGUUUCACAAUGUUUGGGGACCUAUUUGAAGAAGAUUAUUCCAGUGUGUCAAAUAAUCAGUAUGGAAAAGGGAAGAAACUAACGACUAAAGCUUUGGAGCCCCCUGCUCCGAGAGAAUUCACCAAUUUAAGUGGAAUCAGAAAUCAGGGUGGAACCUGUUACCUCAAUUCCCUUCUUCAGACUCUUCAUUUCACACCUGAAUUCAGAGAAGCUUUAUUCUCUCUUGGUCCAGAAGAGCUUGGUUCAUUCGAAGAUAAAGAUAAACCCGAUGCAAAGGUUCGAAUCAUACCUUUGCAGUUACAGCGCCUGUUUGCUCAGCUUCUGCUCUUAGACCAGGAAGCUGCAUCCACAGCAGACCUCACUGACAGCUUUGGGUGGACCAGCAAUGAGGAGAUGAGGCAACAUGAUGUGCAGGAACUGAAUCGAAUUCUUUUCAGUGCUUUGGAAACUUCUUUAGUUGGGACCUCUGGCCAUGACCUCAUCAAGCGUCUGUAUCACGGAACCAUCAUUAACCAGAUUGUUUGUAAAGAAUGUAAGAACAUCAGUGAGAAGCAGGAAGACUUCUUAGAUCUAACAGUAGCAGUAAAAAAUGUAUCUGGUUUGGAAGAUGCACUCUGGAACAUGUACGUAGAGGAGGAAGUUUUUGACUAUGACAACUUGUACCACUGUGGAACUUGUGACAGGCUGGUUAAAGCAGCAAAGUCAGCCAAAUUACGUAAGCUGCCUCCCUUUCUUACUGUUUCAUUGCUAAGAUUUAAUUUCGAUUUCGUGAAAUGUGAACGCUACAAAGAAACUAGCUGUUAUACGUUCCCUCUCCGGAUCAAUCUCAAGCCUUUUUGUGAACAGAGUGAAUUGGAUGACUUAGAAUAUAUAUAUGACCUCUUCUCAGUUAUUAUACACAAGGGUGGCUGCUAUGGAGGACAUUAUCAUGUAUAUAUUAAAGAUGUUGAUCAUUUGGGAAAUUGGCAAUUUCAAGAGGAAAAAAGUAAGCCAGAUAUGAAUUUGAAAGAUAUUCAGGAUGAAGGAGAGAUUGAUGAUCCACUGAUGAUUCUAAAAGCAAUCUUAUUACAGGAGGAGAAUAAUCUAAUUACUGUUGAUCAGCUGGGCCAGAAACUCUUGAAAAAGACGGGAAUAUCUUGGAACAAGAAAUACAGAAAGCAGCAUGGACCACUGCGAAAGUUCUUACAGCUCCAUUCUCAGAUGUUUCUACUCAGUUCAAAUGAAAGUACAGUUAGUCUAUUGAAGAACUGUUCUCUCCAGGCUGAGUCUGAUUUCCAAAGGAAUGAUCAACAGAUUUUCAAGACACUUACUUCAGAGUCCUUGGGAUUAAACAGUAGCACCUCCUGUCCUCACUGGUUUGAUAUAAAUGAUUCCAAAGUCCAACCAAUCAAGGAAAAGGAUAUUGAACAGCAAUUUCAGGGUAAAGAAAGUGCCUAUAUGUUGUUUUAUCGGAAAUCCCAGUUACAGAGACCCCCUGAAGCUCGAGCUAAUCCAAGGUAUGGAGUUCCAUGUCAUUUGCUGAAUGAAAUGGAUGCAGCUAACAUUGAACUGAAAACAAAAAGGGCAGAAUGUGAUUCUACAAACAAUAAUUUUGAAUUGCAUCUCCACCUGGGCCCUCAAUAUCAUUUCUUCAAUGGGGCUCUGCACCCAGUAGUCUCUCAAACAGAAAGCGUGUGGGAGUUGACUUUUGAUAAAAGAAAAACUUUAGGAGAUCUCCGACAAUCAAUAUUUCAGCUAUUAGAAUUUUGGGAAGGAGAUAUGGUUCUUAGUGUUGCAAAGCUUGUACCUGCAGGACUUCACAUUUACCAGACACUUGAAGGAGACGAACUGACACUGUGUGAAAUUGAAAUUGCUGAUGGGGAAGAUAUCUUUGUAUGGAAUGGGGUAGAGGUUGGUGGAGUCCAGAUUCAAACUGGUAUUGACUGCGAACCUCUGCUUUUAAAUGUUCUUCAUCUAGACACAAGCAGUGAAGGAGAAAAGUGUCAGCAGGUGAUAGAAUCUCCACACGUCUUUCCAUCUAAUGCAGAAGUGGGCACUGUCCUCACAGCCUUAACAAUCCCAGCAGGUGUUGUCUUCAUAAACAGUGCUGAGUGUCCAGGUGAGGAGAGCUGGACUGCCAUUCCCAAGGAAGACAUGAAGAAAACAUUCAGAGAACAAGGUCUCAGAAAUGGAAGCUCGGUUUUAAUUCAGGAUUCUAAUAAUGAUGAUAACAGUUUGUUGACCAAACAAGGGAAAUGGACUAAUAUAAAUGAGAUCGACUGGCUCCAAGUUAAAAAUUUAUGCCAAUUAGAUUCUGAAGAGAAGCAAGUUAAAGUAUCAGUAACUGGUAACACGGUGGUGUUUGAUAUUCGAAUUAAAGCCAUAAAGGAAUUAAAAUUAAUGAAGGAACUAGCUGAGAACAGCUGUUUGAGACCUAUUGACAGAAAUGGGAAGCUGCUUUGCCCAGUGCCAGACUGUUAUACUUUGAAGGAGGCAGAAUUGAAGAUGGGGAGUUCAUUGGGCCUGUGUCUUGGAAAAGCACCAACUUCCUCUCAGCUGUUCCUGUUUUUUGCGAUGGGGAGUGACGUUCAACCUGGUACAGAGAUGGAGAUCAUAGUAGAAGAAACAGUAUCUGUGAGAGAUUGUUUAAAGAUAAUGCUGGAGAAAUCUGGCCUACCAGGAGAUACAUGGCAUUUGCGAAAAAUGGAUUGGUGCUAUGAAGCUGGGGAGCCUUUAUGUGAAGAAGAUGCAACACUGAAAGAGCAUAUGAUAUCUUCUGGAGAUACUUUGCUUUUAAUGGAAGGAAAACUUCCUCCUCUGGGUUUCCUGAAGGUGCCCAUCUGGUGGUACCAGCCUUGGGAUCCCUCAGGACACUGGGAAAGCCAUCAGGACCAGACCAACUGUAUUCCUUCUCAAGGCAGGGUGUGGAGAGCUGCUUCCACCCAAGGUGCUCCCGGGAACGUGCCCGCAGAAGGUUGUGUCCUCUAUGUGGGAGACGUAGAGAUCUCAGAAGAUGCUGUGCUGGCGGAUCUGAAGUCUCAGGCCAUGACGUUGCCCCCCUUCCUGGAGUGUGGUGUUCCAUCCCCAGCCUUCCUCAGAGCCUGGACGGUGGAGAGUAAGCGCCCAGGCAGGCUUUUACGAACCAACCGGCAGCCGCUCAAGGAAUAUAAACUAGGACGGAGAACAGAGAUCUGCUUAGAGCCCCUUCAGAAAGAAGAAAACUUGGGCCCCCAGGACGUGCUGCUGAGGACACGGAUGCGCAUCCCGGGGGAGAGGGCCUACGCUCCGGCCAUGGACUUGGUGUGGGACGCCGCCCGAGGCUGGACUGCCGGCUCCCUGAGGCAGAGGGUUGCCCAUUUCUAUUCUCUUCCUAUGGAGAAAAUUGAAAUUGCCAAAUACUUCCCUGAAAAGUUCGAGUGGCUUCCAAUAUCUAGCUGGAACCAGCAAAUGACCAAGAGAAAAAAGAAGAAAAAGCAAGACAAUUUGCAAGGGGCACCGUAUUACUUGAAAGAUGGAGAUACGAUUGGUGUUAAGAAUCUCCUGGUCGAUGACGACGAGGAUUUCAGUACAGUCAGAGACGACACUGGAAAAGAAAAACAGCAACAACUCGCUCUGGGGAAAAAGAAAAGCCGAGAAGCCCUCCACGCGCAGAGCAGCGAUGUCUUCUCCAGCGCAGAGACGCCUGGCCGGCCCCGAGGACCGGAAGCUUCUCUUUCUAUCCAUGUUGGGAGUUUCAGAUAGCACUGGCCACAGUUGUUCUCCUGGGACACGGGGCCCAGGCUCUGCGCCCCGAUACAGCCAUCUGGUCCACUCCAUGAAAGCGAGUUGUUGUCAGUCUGUGACUGGACCGGCUGGUUCCUGUGGAGCCUCAGGUCCCAAGUCCUCUGCUUCAUCACAAGCACAGGACAUCUCCUCUCAGGCCAGGCAGGUGCACUUGGUCGCUCAGCUCUAUGACACACACCAGACCUGACACCAUGCGCACAGGUGCCAACCAGGUGUUGACCUCACACAACACCUGACCCUCAGCCACCCUUUUUACCAGAAAAUUUACUACUUGUGCGUUAACCACAGGUAUGGCUAAAACGGCAUGUUGCUCAGCUCGGAUAAAUCUGUGUAAAAUGUGCACGUAUUCAAUCACUUCCGCUACUGUUCAGAUGACUCUCUUAGUCAUCUGCAUUGACAAAGGCUCCGACUUCUCAUCUCAUGCUGCUGGGCUGGCCGGGCCUGUGCCUUACUGGAAAGGGCAGUCUGCUUUCUGGACGUCAUUUCCCCACGCUGUCUGGUCCUCACCUAUUUCCUGUUUCCCCCUUUGCACUGAGUUAAAACCGUGACGCUGAAGUGUUAGCGCGCUUUCCAUAUGAGGAGACAGACGGGACACCCCCCAAAGCUGCAGGUGCUCUGCUAGAGCAGAGGCAGCCUCGGUGUGCCCAGCUCGGAGUGCUCGGUCUGACCUAGCUGGUCUGUGUCCAGAACAUUCUCACUGCUGUGGCUGCUGCUGCCCCGGGCGCCUCAGCCUCCGCGGUCCGGAGGCCUGGUGGGCAGGGCCGCGCGGACAAGCCUGGCGCAGUCUACGGGCUCGAAGUCGCCCUGGGCAGGCUGAGUUGACAUAUUCCUGAGUAGUCUCAGUUAAAACAGAUGAGAAAAAGAAAGUAUAAAGAUUUUUUUCCUCUUAAUUCAACACAGAUUACUGAUCAACUUAAAGGAUCUAAUUGGCAUUUGUAAAUACAGCACCUGUGUCACUGAAUUGAUUCGGGACAACGGGAUGGCUGACUUCCUC